AUGGCGCCGCCUCCCCGCAAACGUGCGAAGACAGCCGAGCGACGCGAAGAGAUCACCUUCGAUGACUCGGCGCGCGCUGAGUACCUGACGGGUUUCCACAAACGCAAGCAAGCCCGCAUCAAGCAUGCGCAGGAGCAGGCCGCCAAGCGCGAGAAGGAGGAGCGCGUCGCCCAGAGAAAGGAGCUGCGGCAACAACGCAAGGAAGACCUCGAACGCCAUGUCGCUGAAGUCAAUCGCAUGCUGAGACAGGCGAACCCCGAUCUGGAAUCCUCUUCGGACGAUGAAGGGGAGUGGAACGGUAUCGAGGACGGCGACGGAGGGCAGAAGCAAGAAGUCGUAGACCACGAGGAAGAAUACGUCGACGAAGACAAGUACACAACAGUUACAGUAGAGACGGUGGACAUCGACCGGGACGGCUUUAAGACAAAGCACACUGGUGACGAGGACGGCGAUGAGGAUCAAGAGGACGAGGAGGAUGAGGAAGGGCAGGAAGCUGGAAAAGAGGCGGAAGAGAAGGCCAAGGCGAAAGGCAAGCGAGUUUGGACCGCGGAGAAACCGAAGAGCGACAAGCCGAAACGGAAAAAGAAGAAGUUCCGGUAUGAGAGCAAGACAGAGAGGAAGGUGACGCGGGACAAGCAGAAGGCGAAGAAUAGGACGCAGGCCCAGGCGCGCAAGGCGAGAGGGAAAUAG